CUGAUUGAAAAGGAGAGAGAGAGAGAGAGAGAGAGAGAGAGAGAGAGAGAAAAGGAUGCAGAUUUGCCAUUUCAGCCACGAGCAUCCCCUGACCCUCUGUAUGAUAGAGGAAACCGGUGAACAUUGCAAUGGAUGCUCGAAACCCGUCAUCGAUGUUGGCUACGUUUGCCACGACUGCGGCUUCCUCCUCCACAAGAAGUGCGUCAAGUUGCCCCGGAAAGUCCUCCAUCGUAAUCAUCAGAAACACCCUCUCACCCUCGAGUUCAUUUCAUCGGAAACCUUCAAGUGCGCCGUGUGCAAGAAAACUGGCUCAGGGCUCGUCUUCAAAUGCGUCGAUUGCAAAUACAGCAUGGACGUGACCUGUUUUUUAACGAAUCAGCCAUUUCCUGAUGCCCUUCCUCAAGAUGGUAAAACAAGGAAGCCACCGCAUUCUACCGCGACAGUUUGUCUCCUCGCACAGCAGAGUAAAAGGAACUGCGCAGGAUAUGAACAGCAAAUUACAGUUCCAGCUUGUUGCUGCAAGGAAUGCGAUCUGCUCACACUCCGCAAAUCCUGUGCUCAAUUGCAACGGCAGAGAGAACAUCCUUGCCACCCUUCGCACUCCUUCACACCCCUUAAAGAAGCACGUGCAAUCUGUGAUGCCGGUCGGAAGAGCACUGGUGAUUUUGUCAACCACUGCAACAAAUGUUCAUUUGACCUCGACUCGGUAUGCAGUUGUCUCACACCUUCACUGAAACAGAAGAAGCACAAUGAUCUCCCUACUUGCUCCCAAGAAUCGCAUGGUCAAGUUUCAUGUGAUCCCUGCAGCACACCGUGGAGCAACAAUCUUUUCCGAUGCGUUAGCUGCAACUCUAAUGUGCAUUGCACUUGUCUUCCUCUUCCAAGCACCGUUAAGCACAAACACCAUCCUCAUUCUCUUACACUCAAAGAGCCCUCUCCCGAGGAUGAUUCAAGUAGGAUUUGCUGCGCAACAUGCGAGAAGAAUAUAUGCCCAAAGUCCCGGGCUUAUUACUGUGCAGAAUGCUGCUAUGGAGUUCAUCUUGAAUGUGUGGUCCCCGAGGACCAGCCGGACCGAGGGAAACUCAUACAAGACAUUGCAAGGGUCCGAGAAGAGCUAGAAUCAAUUACCGCUCAGCUGAAACAGGACAAAUAGGAUUGACGAAGAUAUAAGCAUGAAUAGGAAACCAUUCCAACAUAACACGACAGGAACCUGAGCUAAGAAAAAAGUGUGAAAUACCCACCACUAAGUGAAAGUGAGACCCCAUAGUCUUCGUUCUAUUGAAACCAUCAUGCCUGAAACUCAGUAACGCUUACUGGAGUCAGGUCAGAUAUUUAGGACUUAGUACUUGUGUCAUGCGUCUAAAUGUAUUACUGGAAUGCACAAGCCAAUCCACAUGUGCAAAGGAAAGAUCAUCAUGCUCCUAAAUUAUCAAUAAAUGAUGCCACUCAUAGAUGGAAUGCUCACGUCACUUUGUUUCAAA